UGGCAGCAUUUGGUUGUAUAAUCGUUCAAUGUUACCAAUAUUUGUAAAUUCUCCAACCUUAAGCGAAAAUUGGCAUUGUGUUUGUAAAAUAUUGCCUGGGUACUGCCUUAAAGCCUUCGACAGUGAAAGGGCUCAAACACUUAAAUAUCCCUCGCAUUUUCCUGGUGCUCAAUUAGGACCUAAGGAUCCAUACGGUAUGCAAAUAAGUUUUGGCAAAGGUUGGGGUGAUAAAUACAAACGUCAGGAUGUAACAAACUGCCCAUGUUGGUUCGAGGUAUUAUUACCAACGCAACGGUGACAAAAACUAAUUAACAUGAAUGGAGGCCAGAAUAAAUGUGGCAAGGAUACUGAAACUCAAAUAGCAAUUGAUAAUGUCUGUGAUGAUAAUUGUAUGUACAAGUUAAGUACGCUUGAGCAUAGCUACGCAACCCAGUGGAGUGCUGCUGACUCCAAUUGUCUAACUAAUGUUAAUGUGAAAGAAGAUAGACGAUAUAAAUGUACAACAUCAACAACCAAUAUAAGCA